AUGUUCUCUGAAGAAGAAUUUGAAUUUGAUAUUGAACAAAUAUCAAACUUUAAUGAAAAUGUUACAAAUAUUAAAAAUAUUGAUACUGAAGAGAUUGAAGAAACUAUUGAAGAUAUUAAAGAAACUGUUGCUUAUUUUACAAUACAUUUAGCUAUUAAAGUUGAUAACAUAUAUUACUCUACUGUUUCAGUUGAAUAUCCUUCAACUAGUCCGCAAAAUGACAAAAAACCUUCUGGUUUUGCUACUAAAUAUAAUGUGCUUAAUCUAAAAGAUUAUGAUAAUAAUAGUAAUCAAGCACAAAAUAUAACUCAAGUACAAGAAGAUUUAAAAAAAAAGCACAUGCUUUUGGGUACUGGCAGUCAAACAAAAGUCAAAUGCCCCUUUUUUGGCAACAUUAAUGUUACUAAAGACCAAAAAAAAUGUCAAGAUGUUACAAUUUGCUCUUACAUUAAUGAUCAAAUUAGAUCAGCAAAGCACUCUCAAUUAGAACAUCUAUCUUGUGAUGUUAAAUUUUAUCGAUUUACACCUGUUAAUUUGUUAGAGUGUCCUUUUGUAGUAUUAGUUUGUAUAGAAGAACAUACUUAUCCACCACCACCACCACAUCAUGUAUCAGAAGCUAUCCAAAAUCACCUUAAAACCUUAAUUGAAGAAGCCUCAAAUAAUUUAGAACAUGUUACAUCAUGA